GUCCGCUUUCUUCACCGUGGCCACCAGGACCUGCUGUCACACAGUACAAGACCAGGGCGAGCUGGCAUCAUCUCGGACGCGCACCUGGACUCAUGUUCCCACUGCCCAUGUUCACAACGGACCAGGUGGCCCGGGUGUGCGAGAACCUGGAGGAGAUUGGCGACAUGGAGCGCCUCGGCCGCUUCCUCUGGUCGCUCCCCGCCGCUGUGCCGGGCUGCGCCGGGGAGGCACUGAACCGGCACGAAUCGGUAAUGCGCGCCCGAGCCCUGGUGGCCUUUCACGGGGGAAACUUUGAGGCUCUCUACCAGAUCCUGCAGAGUCACCGCUUUACACGGGAGUCCCACGCCAAGCUGCAGGACUUGUGGCUGGAUGCGCAUUACCGGGAGGCGGAGAGGCUCAGGGGUCGACCCCUGGGCCCGGUGGAGAAGUACCGAAUCCGCAAGAAGUUCCCUUUGCCACGAACGAUCUGGGACGGCGAGCAGAAAACACACUGCUUUAAGGAGAGGACCCGCAGCUUGCUGAGAGAGUGGUAUCUCCAAGACCCUUACCCUAACCCAUCCAGAAAGAGGCAUCUGGCCCAGGCCACGGGACUCACGCCCACACAGGUCGGCAACUGGUUCAAGAAUCGGCGCCAGCGAGACCGCGCUGCGUCCGCCAAAAACAGAUUGCAGCAGGACCACGCCCAUCUCCCCUCUGGGGCUUCACCUAAUGCCUCCCUUCAGGUGUGCAGCUCCCAUCUAUUGGCGCCCUCCCCUCGCCACUUGGGCAGCCCCGAGGCAAGCGACUGCAGCUCAGGGACUGAGCACAGGGGGGCCGGCGCCUCCACCCCGGAGAUAUCCGUCAGUAGUGACAGCGAGUUCGAACCCUGAAAUGAUGGACCGUUUCGAUAACGGGAUGGGCGCGCCAGAGAGACAAUGUGCGUGUGCUGCCCCUGCAGGGGUUUGCCCCCACGAGAGGACUAUGGCAUCACGCAGCAAAGACGCUGCGCACUUAACAAGCAUGGGGACUUUGACAACAGUGUCGUAGAAGAAAACGUUGUUCUUUAGAGGAAAACUUUCAUGUUGACAUAUUCGUUGGUGAGCGUGAACAUAUUCAACAUGUCGCUGCCUUAAAGGAAGUCACAUCACUUUACAUCACAUCACCUCCUUAUGUCAUUGCACUCACAUGACCUCUAUAGGUCACAUCAUGUCACAUGCAUGUCACAUAGCCUUAGGUUGUGUCAUUUCACAUCAGGUCCCACCACGCCACCUCAGGUCACAUCAUGUCACCUCAUAUCACGGCACUUCAUGCCACAUCACAUCACCCCCUUACGUCAAUGACAUGUCAUGCCAUGUCAUAUUAUGUCAAAAACCGUCACAUCACCUCAUUUCACAUCACCUUACAUCACGGACACGUCAUGUUAUGCCACAUAAUGUCACGUCACCUCAUUUUACAUCACCUCCUUACAUCACGGACACAUCAUAUCAUUUCACGUCACUUUGGGUCAUGUUACUUAACAUGUCACCCAGUGUUGUCACGGACACGUCAUGCCACGUCAUAACAUGUCACUUCACAUAUCACCCCCUUAUGUCACGGACACGUCAUGCCACGUUAUAUCAUGUCACAUAACGUCAUGACACCCCUUUUCGUCACGGACACGUCAUGCCAUGUCAUAUAAUGUCACAUAAUGUCACGUCACCUCACGUCAUGUUGCAUCAAAUCAUGUCACGUCUGCCCCCGUCAUGUUUUGUUAUUAAAGCAGCAAAGUGAUUGGACUGGCUCAACUGGGGUCCGUGCAUGAGCGCUAGUGCCUCUAAUGUCACAAACUGCAUUUUAAUGAAAGAUGAAGCUUUGGUGUUAAUAAAUAAAAAAUAUU